AUGUCAGUGCCAAUUCUGGGCUCUGUGUCAGUCUUGUGGGCCCUGAUCCGAGGAAAGUCCCUCCUCCAGGUCUUGAGUGAUCAACGUAAAAAGUUUGGGUCUCUAUUCCUCUUGAAGUUCGGCCCAUCCAAGCAAGUCUGGGUGAGUCCGGAGAUGCUUCCGCAAGUCUAUGAGCUUCCGCAAUGCGCCGGGCGACCAGCCACCUUCAAAGAUCCCUUUGGUGACUUCCUUUUCUUGGUGCGUGAUCCCAAGGAUGCUAAGCCUCUCCGAGAGAAGCAGAAAGAAUGGCUGGAAAAAAACUUGGAUGUCGUCAAGAUCCAGCAAGCUGCGAAGUCAGCGUUGGCAGAGCACGUUUGGCCGACCCUGGAUGAGAGCACUCUUCAGUCCUUUCCGGAAGAUCAAGUUCGGGUAGCUACAUACUCUGCGGUGUCGACUGCCCUUCUGGGGAAGGCUGAACUUUCUGAAGGGGAGCUGGCGCGCUUGAUGACGGCAACGCGGGAGUACAGCCAGAUGCGAGUGAAGGGGAAGUUCGGCAAAGGUGAACAAGGAUUGCCGCCUGGGGCAGCAGAGAUCCGUGAGAUCGUAGAGGCAGCUAUUGCUCGGUCUGGGCAGAAAGAUGUGGUGCUGCCGCUGAUGGUCGCGGCUUCGGUGGGUGGAGCAGAGAUUUUCCCCACCUUGCUGCAUUGGAUCCUUCUAGUCUUGGCCUACAAGCCGGCUCAGCAGGAAGCAGUUGCAGCAGCUGCCAAGAGUGGAGAUACAACUGCACUGCUACGUGAGACGUACCGAGCGCUGCGAAGCAAAGCCUACUCCGUGGCACUGGGGCCGCCCCGCAAGGUCUUGGCAGACGUUGUGGUAGAUGACAUGUUGAUCCCAGAAGGCGCUCUGCUGUUUGCUAUGCAUCCAGCCAUUGUGGACAGUGCGCUUGGGAAGACAUCAUCUGAGGAGGAAGAUUUCUCAAAGUAUGCCUUCGGCCUUGGUCCACGCAGCUGCCUGGGGAAGCCAUUGGCUGAAGCGAUUCUUCCAGCCAUUGUUGGUUCUAUUCUCGAGCGGUACAAACUACAGCCUGACAACUCUUCAAGCUUGGAAGACGUCGAAGGUCCCUUCGCAGUAAGCUUCGGAGGUCCUGAAGACAGUGAGCAAUUAGCCGUCGAGCUUUGGGACCGCAUUCAGGAAGGGGACGAGCUCUUGGAGGAGGUGACUAUUGAUUUCAAAGAUGAAGCGAUCUUUGGCCGGAAGACGUGGGUCAUGUCCCAAGGUGGCUCGGUGUCGUUCACGUGGAGCUUAAGCCGCAAGGGCCAGUCCUCCAACGACCAACUUCACAUCAAUCAGAUCUCCUCCGAUUCGGAGGGUGAGAGCUGGUAUUUGCUGCUUACUGGAGAGUCGCUUGCAGUGCAACAAAGGUGGCCAUGGGAGCUUUUGCGGGUGCAACCACGGCAGAUGUCAUUCGACGAACAAGGCUAUUUGGUGGAGGCUUGGAAAGCUGAUCCUGCAGGAGAUGUCCUACUGGGUGAAGCAAUCCUUCAAUUGGCACCCAAAGAGAACGCCGCCACUGUGGAGCUGUCAAAUGGUGUCAGAAUAGACUUUUCCUACAGAGUGUCCACAGGAGGACAGGAUCCGCUACGAGUCGUUGUUCGAAAGGAAAUCCGCUUGAUGCCGGAAGCAGAGCAACUGCGCUUCCUAGCAGCUCUGCAAAAGCUCAUGGAAAAUAAGGAGGAAAGCCAAAGCUCCGAGUACUUCCGCCUUGCUGCGUACCACGGCUGGCCUGAAGACUACUGUGCUCAUGGCCAGGAGACCUUUCCGGGAUGGCACCGAGCAUAUCUCUAUGAAUUUGAGCAAGCUAUCAUCAAGGCGGAUCAGGAUUUGGGUCACGAUGGUAACAUCGGAGUUCCUUACUGGGACUGGACAAGACUUGAGCUGAAUGGCCAGGUCCUGCCGCUUGUUGCACCUGAUAGCAAUGACCUCCAACCUAAUAGCUUCUAG